AUGUAUUUCAUUUUCAAUAAAUGUGCAAACAUUUCUAAAAACAUGUUUUUACUUUGUCGUUAUGGGAUAUUGUGUGUGGAUGGGUGUAACGCAACAAAAUGUGGAAUAAGUCAAGGGGUAUCAAUACUUUCUGACGGCAGUGUAUAUUUCUUUCUGCCAUGUGUUGCCCUUUAUCAGAUCCUUCAUCCAUAUAUUCAGUAUAGAGGCCAGCCAUAGUGACUGUGAGGCUUAAUCCUAAUCCAUUUGUGGCUUGUUGUUUUGAUUAAGUGGUCACGGGGCUUGGCUGAGAAGACACUUGGCCAUAUUCACUACCAGCCUAUAGCCAGCGACUGGACUAGAGAGAGCUAUACUACACCUGGAGCAUGACUGAGGCCCUGUGUAUACCAACCUAGAGGUACCACCCAUCAUCACAAAUACAACUGGAACAAGUUGUCUCCUGUUUGAAUAAAUAUGUCUGAAAAAUCCUCCAAAAAUCCCUUUCUCUUCCCUCAACGUGUUCUGGAGGCUGACAGGACAGUAAAGAGUUAGAAAAAUAAGGUCUUUGCUGCUGAUGUGUUAAAAUACUGAGGGAGAGACCUCAUCGUGGAGAGGCAACCUGGCCAGGUCAUGGGAUGUGGCUUUGCAAAAUCAGACCAGCUGAAGAAACGCGACAGAGAAACCAGCCUCUUAGUCCCAGCUGCCACAGCAAUGAGGGCAGCUCUCCUGAUCCAACGUUGGUACCGUCAGUACGUGGCACGGCUGGAGAUGAGACGCAGGUGCACCUGGAACAUCUUCCAGUCCAUCGAGUACGCAGGAGAGCAGGAUCAGAUUAAGCUCUACAACUUCUUUGGCUACCUCAUGGAUCACUUCACUCCAGCCAGCAGUGAGCGGAACCUGAUCUCACACAUCUUCCGUGAGAACAACAUCUGCCGUAAUGUAGAUUGGGAGAGGUACUUCUGCUACAAGAGCAUUGAGGUACCAGAGCUGUACUCUGGUCCCCACCUCUCUUUCCCCAUAACAUGUUCCAAUGCAGCUGAGCUGGUGGAGGCCUUCAAGAACAAACAACAGCUCCAUUCUCGCUAUGUCCUUCAGCUCCUUGGGGAGACCUGGAGGCUGCUGAGGAUCCUCCCCAACAUCAGUCAGAUCUCCACCUGCCACAGCAAGGAGAUCACCAUCUGUGGAGACUUACAUGGGCAUCUUGAGGAUCUUUUGUUGGUCUUCUACAAGAAUGGUUUACCAUCGUCUGAGAAGCCUUAUGUCUUCAAUGGAGACUUUGUGGAUCGAGGAAAAGAUUCCCUGGAGAUCCUCCUCAUCCUGUUUUCCUUUCUCCUGGUCUAUCCUAAUGAUGUCCAUCUGAACAGAGGCAACCACGAGGAUCAUAUCGUUAACCUGAGAUAUGGCUUCACCAAAGAGGUGCUUGGAAAAUACAGGCUUCAUGGCAAGAAGAUUCUAAAGCUUCUCCAGAAGAUCUUUAGCUGGUUGCCCCUGGCGACAGUAAUUGACCACAAGGUGUUGGUUCUGCACGGCGGUAUCUCAGACACCACAGACCUUCAUCUCAUAUCCAGAGUGGACAGACAUAAAUAUGUUUCAGCUCUCCGGCCUCCCAAGAGGACGAGGCAAAACAGGUCAGGUAUGAUUGACUCCGAUCUAGAAGACGAUGACCCAACCUCCAAGCCUGUGGACAGCAGCAGGCGCCGGGUCCACUCCCUGACCCACAGCAGCAGCACGGGGAGCAGGCAUGAGGUCCAGCGUCGCUCCCUGCAGGGCCUGAACAACAGGGUGACCUGCUCUGUAGAAGAGGAGCUGAAGGAGAGACGCAGGCAGGCCGGACUUAGCCAGUCCUACGGAGACCUCCGUAACUCACUGGCUAACUCUGACUCUGACCCAGACUCUGGAGAGCUGCUGGAGUCAUACGGGGACGAGUGGAAACAGAUUGUAGACAUGCUAUGGAGUGACCCCAUGCCCCAGGAUGGCUGUGUCCCCAACGAUGUGCGAGGUGGAGGAUGUUACUGGGGUCCUGACGUGACAGAAGAGGUCCUGCGACGUCACAACCUCACGCUGCUCAUACGCUCACAUGAGUGCAAGCAAGAGGGCUACGAGUUCUGCCACAACCGCAGGGUCCUAACCAUAUUUUCUGCAUCUAACUACUAUGAGGUGGGAAGCAACAGAGGAGCGUACAUCAGGAUGGGUCCUGACCUGGUGCCUCACUUCAUCCAGUACCAGGCCAACAGGGCUACCAGGGCGCUCACACUGAGACAAAGUGUUGGGCGGACUGAGCGUUCAGCUCUCAGGGCUUUGAGGGAAAAGCUGUUUGCACAUAAGUCAGACCUUAUCAGUUCUUUUCAAGAAUACGACCCGGAAAAUACAGGGCUGAUCUCUCUGGGCCACUGGGCCUGUGCCAUGGAGGCUGUGUUGAGGCUGGGUCUACCCUGGAGGGUGCUGCGGUCUCAGCUAGUGGGAGACACUCUGGAUGGCAUGCUGGACUAUCAUCUCUGGUUCAGAGAACUGGCCAUCACCGAGCCCAACACAGAGCUCUCGAAUGCCAGUCUGCUUGAGACCAUGUAUAAGCACCACUCCAACCUGGAGACCAUCUUCAGGAUCAUAGACACAGACAACUCAGGUCUGAUAUCGUUUGAAGAGUUCCGUCAGACGUGGAAGCUGCUUAGUUCCCAUCUGCAGACAGAGAUCAGUGACGAGGCCAUCAGCGACCUGGCCGUCUCCAUCGACUUCAACAAAGACGGCAGCAUUGACAUCAACGAGUUCAUGGAGGCCUUCCGGCUAGUGGGAGGAGACCUACUGCAGAAUGAACGUGACCCCCACUGACACACAUCUUCAACAGUAAAUAUAUUACUACAAACUGGAAUCUACUCAUUCAAAUCAAUGGCCUAGCCCUGGAGAGGGUCAACAGCAUGAUCGGACGAGGGCUUCCAGCGACCUGCUGCCACAUGAACAGUAGUCUUGCUUGCCAGCCUCAUGGUGCUCCACCAUGCUGUGGGGAGGGACUACAUGAAUGCUAGUGAAAAGGGAGGGGGAUGAACCUCUCGAGUUUGAGUUUAUUUAUUUUUCUCUGAUACCCACUUCUAGAGAAAAUAUACUACAAACUGGGAAUCUACUCAUUCCAAUCAAUGGACCCAUUACCAGCAUCUCCAAAAGACAUAUUGAGAGACAAUGAGAAAAGAUGCAACAUCAGAAAAAAGGA